AUGAACAACUUCAAGCUGCUGGUCAAAUAUUUUGAUGCUAGGUGGACUGGUGACAUCUUGUCCAGUUACUUGUGUUUCCUUUAGGUUGAUAGUAAGUCUGAAGUACUUCCAGGGAGAGCUAAAGCGAUUCAUGAGUUGUUGUAGUUUAUUCGCAGAGUGUGUGGUUUUCUGCUGCAUCAUCGGCGCAAAGGAAGUUGCGUAAGCGCUUCUCACGAAUCUUGGUCUUGGCUUUCCAUCUGGUAAGGCUGAAGAAUUUACCACAAGAUCUCGUUCGGAGGUACAUUCCUUCAGUUGAAGGUUCAGAGGCGUGUUUCAGCAGAAUGACGAAGACGAUUCCAAAUAAGGUGGGAACCACAUUAAAGGUAUCAGAGGUUGAUCAUUAUGAAAAGAUUUGA